CAUUCUCUGCUGUGAGGUAGCGAAGAAGGAAAAUGCCUGAACCCGCCAAGUCCGCGCCCAAGAAGGGCUCCAAGAAAGCCGUGACUAAAACCGCCGGCAAGGGCGGCAAGAAGAAGAGAAAGACCAGGAAGGAGAGCUACGCCAUCUACGUUUACAAGGUGCUGAAGCAGGUGCACCCCGACACCGGCAUCUCCUCCAAGGCCAUGAGCAUCAUGAACUCGUUCGUCAACGACAUCUUCGAGCGCAUCGCCGCUGAGGCCUCCCGCCUGGCUCACUACAACAAGCGCUCCACCAUCACCUCCAGGGAGAUCCAGACCGCCGUGCGCCUCCUGCUGCCCGGUGAGCUGGCCAAGCACGCCGUGUCCGAGGGCACCAAGGCCGUGACCAAGUACACCAGCUCCAAGUAAACUGCAGCUCUACUGCACCCACCCAAAGGCUCUUUUCAGAGCCCCCCAACUCUUCUGAAGAGCACAUGUCCCACUGUUACACUCACUGGUCCUCCUAUAAACAGAAACAUGUUUAACACGUGAAGUGAGGCACGUGUACAACAGUUUUAAUAAACCGAACAGCACUGAAUAUGAAAGCAAUAACGGCUCCGAUCUCUAUGAUCAUUUAUACAAACACCCUCGUGCGGACCGCAUUUCCGGAUACUUCAGCUGCGGAAACGACCAGUUUUCAUCUCCAGACGUGGAUGAACAACGCAUCAUUACAGAGCAGAGGGCUGGUCAGCCACACCUGAGCUCCUUCACACUGCAGGGGACAGGAAGACAAACCUUCAGCCUUGUGGUGAAGCUCACUGAGCCACGACCCUGCAUACUGUCAGUGUUCACUUAGUCAUGGGAUACAAGCGGUGGAACAAAGCCCCACACAGAGAUGGGGAGAGGCGCACGUGCAUGCAGCGAUGUGUGGAAGGAACCUGAGCGAGGAGAAAAAGCACCUUUACCCAAACUAAAGAACAGAGAGCAGGAAUACAGGAAACACACCUGUAUAGUAGCUGUUAACUGUGAGCCUGAAUAUUCCACACAGGUCACAGACAGGUGCAAUAGGUGUAGGCUGCUGGGGCAUUCCCAUGAUGCACUGGGUGUUUCUUCUUCACUCACUGUGUUAAUAGACCUCUCUGCAUUGAAUCAUAUCUGUUAUUAAUCUGUCUCUCUUCCACAGCAUGUCUUUAUCCUGUCUUCCUUCUCUUGUAUGGAGUCUAUACUUGAGUAAGAUGAAUGACCCUAACAGAUUAAUAAACAUGAGCUCAUCUUAAAGCAAAUGUUCAGAGCAUAACUGAGUAAAAAUGAGCCGCACAGGAUUGAAACAAACGUCUAUUUUGAGGGUGAACAUUGAGACAGGUGUGUGUUAACAUUAAGAAGUCGAGUCUACGGUAGUGCAACGUCUACGCUGUCUGUAGACCGUUACGUCUUUUCAUUGGCCCGGAGUCUACGCUGAGCGUAGACACUGUAGACUCGGGCCAAUAGGAGCGCCGAAACCCACUGUAGACGACCAAUCGUCUGGUCGACGGAAGUUGCGUCACCAAAACAAAAACAACACACAGCGAAGAAGCCGGCAAGUCCGCUAUGUUUUUAAAUGGAAACUGGCAUUUCUUCUAUGUUUACGUGAAGUUACAGAAUCUGGAUUUAGCGGAAAUUACACGACGCUGAAUGGCGCAUUUAAGCCUUUUUCUUUGUGGUAAAUGUUAGCCGCGCGCUAGCCGACAUCUAAUGUAUUACGCCCAUUUCUAGUCUUUUCAGUGGCUACAACUGAUGAUCGCGACAUUAGUAAUUCAUGUUGUAAAUCCAGAUGCCCGUGCACCUCGUCAGCAGGCCUGGUGAGAAGUGUGGUCUUCACCAAACCUGCACACAGCAGCUGCUCAGCCGAGCCGCUGCCUUCACUCACGCACGGAGGGUAUCCACGCGCCUUCAAGUCAACAUGGUGCUUUCCGUGGCUCGUUACAAACGAUCUGAGAUAUAUGAAGUAGUAAUUGUAUUUAAUAUCAUACUAGGCAGAUUUACUGCACUGCCAUUUACUACACAUUUACCCGUGUUUGGCCAUUGUCAGUACAUCUCGCUCGUUGUAAACUUUCUGUAAGUAUGUGUAACAUUCACAAUGAUAUUGUUGAUGGUAACGUGUAUGAUUCCAGCCUACCUGAUAGGUACUUUUGACUUUUUGUAGUUCAGUUCACUGAUUGACUAUCCUGCAGUGCUGUUUUCAUGUAUUCCUGUUUCAUCCACUUUAAUAAA